AUCAAUACAGAGCAGCAGGCCAAAAUCCAGGAGCUGCAGGAAAAGCUGACAAAGGCUGUGAAAGCUAGCUCAGAGGCAACUGAACUUCUUCAGAAUAUCCGUCAAGCAAAGGAGAGAGCUGAGAAGGAGUUAGAGAAACUGCAGAAUCGGGAAGAUUCUAAUGAAAGCAUGAAGAAGAAAUUGCUUGAAGCGGAGGAACGGCGCCAUUCUCUGGAGAAUCAAGUGAAGAGAUUAGAGACUGUGGAACGAAGAGAAAACCGUCUAAAGGAAGAUAUUCAAACUAAAUCUCAACAGAUUCAACAGAUGGCAGAAAAAAUUCUGGAGCUGGAAGAAAAGCAUCGUGAGGCUCAGAUCGCAGCACAACAUCUGGAGUUGCAGCUGAAACAGAAGGAACAAUUCUAUGAGGAAAAACUCAAAGUGUUGGAAAAUCAGAUGAAGAAAGAUCUUGCAGAUAAGGAAGCACUUGAGAAUAUGCUUAGAAGACAUGAAGAAGAAGCACGUGAGAAAUGCAAAGUCCUGGCUGAACAGAAGGCGAUGAUCAAUGCCAUGGAUUCGAAGAUUAGGUCACUGGAGCAGAGAAUAGUGGAAUUAUCUGAGGCCAAUAAACUGGCAGCAAAUAGCAGCCUUUUUACCCAGAGGAACAUGAAAGCCCAAGAAGAGAUGAUUUCAGAGCUCAGGCAACAGAAGUUCUACUUGGAAACUCAAGCUGGAAAGUUAGAGGCCCAGAAUCGAAAAUUAGAAGAACAAUUGGAAAAGAUGAGUCACCAAGAUCACACUGACAAGAACCGCCUGCUGGAGUUGGAGACUAGGCUGCGAGAGGUUAGUCUAGAGCAUGAAGAACAAAAGCUGGAGCUCAAAAGGCAGUUGACAGAAUUGCAGCUGACACUCCAGGAGCGGGAAUCUCAAAUUACUGGGCUGCAGGCUGCACGGACAGCCUUGGAGAAUCAGCUCCGCGAAGCCAAAACUGAACUAGAGGAGACCACAGCUGAGGCAGAGGAAGAGAUUCAAGCUCUCACGGCACAUAGAGAUGAAAUCCAGCGUAAAUUUGAAGCCCUUCGUAAUAGCUGCACAGUGAUCACGGAUUUGGAAGAGCAGCUGAACCAGCUCAGUGAAGACAAUGCAGAACUGAACAAUCAGAAUUUCUUCCUGUCCAAACAGCUUGAUGAGGCCUCAGGGGCCAACGAUGAGGUUGUCCAGUUGCGAAGUGAAGUCGACCAUCUCCGUCGGGAGAUCACGGAGAGGGAAAUGCAGCUUACCAGUCAGAAACAAACUAUGGAGGCCUUGAAGACAACAUGUACAAUGCUGGAAGAGCAAGUAAUGGACUUGGAGGCCCUGAACGAUGAACUCUUGGAGAAGGAGCGCCAGUGGGAAGCAUGGAGAAGCGUUCUAGGGGAUGAGAAGUCCCAGUUUGAAUGUCGAGUUAGAGAGUUGCAGAGGAUGCUGGAUACCGAGAAACAGAGCAGAGUGAGAGCAGAUCAGCGUAUUACUGAAUCUCGCCAGGUGGUAGAGCUAGCUGUCAAAGAACACAAGGCAGAGAUUCUAGCCCUCCAGCAAGCACUGAAGGAACAAAAGCUCAAAGCUGAGAGCCUUUCUGAUAAGCUCAAUGACCUGGAGAAGAAGCAUGCUAUGUUGGAGAUGAAUGCACGCAGUUUACAACAGAAGCUUGAGACAGAGAGGGAGCUCAAGCAGAGGCUUCUGGAGGAGCAGGCAAAGCUGCAGCAGCAAAUGGAUCUGCAAAAGAAUCACAUCUUCCGCCUAACUCAAGGUCUGCAAGAGGCUCUAGAUCGAGCAGAUCUACUGAAGACUGAAAGAAGUGACCUGGAAUAUCAGCUGGAAAACAUUCAGGUUCUUUAUUCCCAUGAAAAAGUGAAAAUGGAGGGCACUAUUUCUCAGCAAACCAAACUCAUUGAUUUCCUGCAGGCAAAGAUGGACCAACCAGCGAAAAAGAAAAAGGUUCCUCUGCAAUACAAUGAGCUGAAAGUGGCACUGGAGAAGGAGAAGGCUCGUUCUGCUGAGCUGGAGGAGGCUCUACAGAAAACACGCAUUGAACUCAGAUCAGCUCGUGAAGAAGCUGCUCAUCGGAAAAUAUCAGACCACCCUCAUCCAUCUACUCCGGCCACAGCCAGGCAGCAGAUCAUCAUGUCUGCCAUAGUCCGCUCACCAGAGCAUCAGCCUACUCCGAUCAGUUUGCUCGCGCCACCCUCCAGUCGCAGGAAGGAAUCUUCCACACCAGAGGAGUACAGCCGCCGCCUGAAAGAGCGAAUGCACCAUAAUAUCCCCCACCGCUUCAACGUGGGGCUGAACAUGAGAGCCACGAAAUGCGCGGUGUGCCUGGACACGGUGCACUUCGGACGGCAAGCGUCGAAAUGCCUGGAAUGCCAGGUGAUGUGUCACCCAAAAUGCUCCACUUGCUUGCCAGCUACUUGUGGGCUGCCAGCAGAAUAUGCCACGCACUUCUCUGAAGCAUUCUGCCGGGACAAAAUGAAUUCUCCCGGGCUGCAGCUGAAGGAGCCAAGCAGCAGUCUGCGUCUUGAAGGAUGGAUGAAAGUGCCAAGGAAUAAUAAACGUGGGCAGCAGGGCUGGGACAGGAAGUAUAUUGUCCUGGAGGGAACGAAAGUGCUCAUUUAUGAUGCAGAAGCAAGAGAAGCUGGACAGAGGCCUCUGGAGGAAUUUGAGCUCUGCCUUCCUGAUGGCGAUGUAACUGUUCAUGGAGCUGUAGGAGCUACUGAACUUACCAAUACAGCAAAGACAGAUGUGCCAUAUAUCCUAAAAUUGGAGUCUCAUCCACACACCACUUGCUGGCCUGGUAGAACACUCUACCUGUUAGCACCCAGCUUCCCUGACAAACAGCGCUGGGUCACAGCACUGGAAUCAAUAGUGGCAGGUGGGAGAGUUUCCAGAGAAAAAGCUGAGGCUGAUGCUAAAUUGCUCGGAAACUCCCUGCUGAAGCUGGAGGGUGAAGACCGUUUGGAUAUAAAUUGCACAAUGCCCUUCAGUGACCAGGUAGUACUGGUGGGUGCAGAAGAAGGUCUCUAUGCCCUGAACGUACUGAAGAAUUCCUUAACGCACAUCCCAGGAAUGGGUGCUGUCUUCCAAAUUCACCUCAUCAAGGAUCUGGAGAAGCUACUCAUGAUAGCAGGAGAAGAAAGGGCUCUGUGUCUUGUGGAUGUAAAGAAAGUGAAGCAAUCUCUAGCCCAGUCUCACCUCCCAGCCCAGCCCGAUAUCUCACCAAAUGUUUUUGAGGCUGUGAAAGGAUGUCACCUUUUUGCCGCUGGCAAGGUCGAGAAUGGUCUUUGUAUCUGUGCAGCCAUGCCCAAUAAGGUGGUUGUUCUGCGAUACAACGAGAGCCUGAGCAAGUUCUGUAUCAGAAAGGUAAGAUUAAUCGAAACCUCUGAACCUUGCAGCUGCAUCCAUUUGACCACUUACAGCAUCAUCAUUGGAACCAACAAGUUCUAUGAAAUUGAGAUGAAGCAGUAUACGCUGGAAGAGUUUCUGGAUAAAAAUGACCACACUUUGGCCUCUGCUGUGUUUGCUGCUUCCACCAACAGUUUUCCAGUCAGUAUCAUCCAAGUGAACCCAACGGGGCAGAGGGAGGAGUACCUGCUGUGUUUCCACGAGUUUGGUGUCUUUGUGGAUUCCUACGGAAGACGCAGUAGGACAGAUGACCUGAAAUGGAAUCGCCUGCCCUUAGCUUUUGCCUACAGGGAGCCCUAUCUGUUUGUGACCCACUUCAACUCCCUUGAAGUGAUCGAGAUUCAGGCACGAGCUUCUCUAGGAACUCCUGCACGAGCCCACUUGGAGAUACCGAAUCCGCGGUAUCUAGGGCCUGCGAUUUCGUCUGGAGCUAUCUACUUGGCCUCCUCCUACCAAGACAAACUAAGGGUGAUUUGCUGUAAGGGCAAUCUAGUGAAGGAGACCAACAACGAGCAGCACCACAGAGGAUCUUCUGCCACACGCAGUAGCCCUAACAAGAGAGGUCCGCCCACAUACAACGAGCACAUAACCAAGCGGGUAGCAUCAAGCCCAGGACCACCGGAAGGUCCAAGCCACCCUCGAGAACCAAGCACACCACAUCGGUACCGCGAGGGAAGGACAGAGCUGCGGAGGGACAAGUCACCUGGGCGACCGCUGGAGAGGGAGAAAUCUCCAGGUCGGCUUCUGAGCACCCGCAGAGAAAGGUCCCCUGGAAGACUGUUCGACGAGAGCAGCCGAGGACGAAUGCCUGUGAGUGGUGCCAGAACUCCUCUUGCUCAAGUCAAUAAGGUCUGGGACCAGUCUUCAGUGUGA